UAAAACCAAAGGGAAGGUGAAGGACCCUCUUCAAUUCCUUUUGAGGAAAGGCAACAAGCGGAAGCCAUGGCAGGUGGUGGAAAUAAGAGAAGAUCAAAUAACAACAAGAAUAAGAACAGCAACAGCAACAGCAACAGCAACAGCAGCAGCCAAAAUAAAACGAGGAGUGGCCGAGGAAGAUCCAAAUCUUCGUCUACUCGAAUCAGGAACUCUCUUUUUGUUGAGGGUGGUCUUUUAUCCGAUUGGCAGUUGGAUUCCCAAGGAAGGAAAAGAAAUGGGAAUCGAAUUUCUGGGUUGGGUUCUGAUAGGGCAAAGGCUUCUACUUCAAAAAAAGGGCCAUCAACAAAUAUUGGUGGUAGUGCUAUAAGAUAUGAGUACCCUUCUCUCGAUCUUCAAGAUCCAGAAUCAGAUAUUCUGGCCCAUGAGGGAGAUAAUAAAAAAGAUGAGCUGCAUCCUAUUAUUUUGCUUUCAAAGGAGAGCCAAAUUGUUGCUUACAUGGACCAAACCACACCUUCGAAGCCCAGUCUUGUAAAUUAUACUUAUGGAUAUGGUUCUGAUUUUGUACUAGGUGAUAAAUCACACACAGGAUUAGGUUUUGAUGAUGAAUCCGAGGCAACCCCCAGUGGAAUCGAGUCAUGCUCAAAGAAAAUGGAAGAACAAGAAGGAGCAUGUUCUAAUUUAUCAUCCUCUGAGACAGAAGCUGAUGCUGGUCAUGAUAAUAAUAAUAAUAAUAAUAAUAAUAAUAAUAAUAAUAAUAAUAAUAAUAGUAGUAGCAAGGUUGAUGCCGGCGUGGCUGAAGAGUUUAUUUUUAAUGAAUUAUCCCAAAAGAAAAAUGCAGGGUUUUUGUCAAUUGGAGGUGUGAAAUUGUAUACUCAAGAUAUGUCUGAUGCAGAAACUGAUGAGGACUAUGAUGGAAACUCACUAGGUGAUGAAAGCUCUGGAACAACUGAUCAAGAGGAGCAAGAUGGAGUAUAUGAGAGUGAUGACUCUGUAGUUUCUUCAGAUGAUGAUUCAGAUAUUGAUGAAGAGGUUGCAGAAGAUUACUUAGAAGGAAUUGGUGGUGAGGAUAGUGUUUUGGAUACCAAGUGGUUGGUAGGUCAGGCUUUGAAUGAUUCCGAUGAUGAUAGUUCUUCUAAUACUUCUUUUGAUGAGACAUUAGAGAAGCUGGGUGGGAUUGCUCUCCAAGAUGCAUCUAGGGAAUAUGGCAUGCAGAAGAAUCAGUCUAGAAAUAAAUACUCUGGAGGUGCUAAGGAUGCUUGGUCACCAGCCUUGGAUGAUCUUAUGCUACUAAAGGAUCCAAGAACUAUGUCUGCUAAAAAGGAACAUGUUGCCAAGUUGCCUCGGUCUUGGCCUUUACAGGAACAAAAGAGCAAGAAUUCCCGCAAAUUUCCUGGUGAAAAGAAGAAACAUCGCAAGGAAAUGAUUGCUGUGAAGCGCCGUGAAAGAAUGCUUCGUCGGGGUGUUGAUCUUGAGAAAAUUAAUUCGAAAUUAGAGCAGAUUGUUUUGGAUCAGGUUGAUAUGUUUGCUUUUCAGCCAAUGCAUCCUCGGGAUUGUUCACAGGUAAGAAGAUUAGCUGCAAUUUACCGUUUGUCUAGCGGAUGCCAGGGUUCUGGAAAGAAAAGGUUUGUGACAGUAACACGGACACAAUAUACUUCCAUGCCGUCUUCCAGUGACAAACUUCGCCUGGAAAAGCUAAUUGGAACUGGUGACGAGGAUGCAGACUUCCCUGUUAAUGAAGGGUUUAAUAUAAAGGCAUUGGAUUCAGGCAGAGCAAGAGCACAGAAGGUUGCUAAAGGGAGUGGCUUAAAGAAAGUCGGUUCUAGCAACAUUGGUGAAUCAGGUGAGAAAAGACGAAGUGGGAAAAAGGUUUCCUAUGUAAGUCAACCUGUCUCAUUUAUAUCGAGUGGCGUCAUGGUAUCUGAAACUGAUGAGAUCAGAACUACCGAUCCUGAGGGUACAUCAGAAAGUUACGAACAUAAGGGUAUCAUCAGAUCAGCACAGUUUGGUGCAUUCGAGGUACAUACAAAGGGUUUUGGAUCCAAAAUGAUGGCUAAAAUGGGAUUUGUUGAAGGUGGAGGGUUAGGAAAAGAUGGUCAAGGUAUGGCACAGCCUAUUGAAGUCGUACAGCGGCCUAAAUCCCUUGGGUUGGGUGUGAAUUUCACCAGCACAAGCAGUGACUCAGAUAGGGUACAUAAAUCUGGCGGAGCUUCCGAAAAUCAUAGCAAACGUUUUGGUGACUCAUCGAAGGAUCAGCAUAAAUCUUUUGGAGCCUUUGAAAAGCAUACCAAAGGUUUCGGAUCCAAAAUGAUGGCUAAGAUGGGUUUUGUUGAAGGUAUGGGGUUAGGCAAGGAUUCACAAGGCAUUGUUAAUCCUUUGGUCGCUUCUAGGCUCCCAAAAUCACGAGGAUUAGGUGCUAAUCACUAGAUGCCAUGCAUAAAAAUGAAUAUACAAAAGGCAACCUUCAAAUAGAACUGUUUCUCAGGUUAGUUCAAUGCAUUUGUAGUUAUUUUUUAUUUAGCAAAUCGUAACAUUCACCUCACUAACUUUUACGGUACGUUUAGAAGUAAUAAAAGCUUCAGCCAUUUGGAUC